AGGAAUUAGACAAGUGCUUUCAGAGGGUGCCGUUCUCGCGGUAUGUCACAAUAACGUGACUACCGUGCGUCACGUGGCUUUGUUUUGCUUUGGUCGAAAGUGUCCUCCACAGGCUGUCUCUGUUACGUUCAAAAUGGCAAGAAACGAAGAGAAACAACAGGGCAGGCUCAACAGACUGUGGCUUCAGAAGGAACGAGAAGAGGGGCGUCUUAAAGAUGUUCUUGAACGUCGACCCAAAUUGUCGACUCUUAAUUCAGCCUCGUCUGUGAAAAAGUGGAUCCCUAGCAUCAAGAGUGAGAUAGAAUACUACUUGCAGCAAUCUCAGCUCUUUCAUUACCCUGAAAGGAAGAUAGCUGAGUUCCAGCUGCGCAUCGAGGCUUUGGAAAAAGAGUACAAAAGCUUCAUGACCAAAUUACGGAUUCUGGACCCUUCAUGUAAACACAGUCCCUGGACUCUGAGAGCAUACUGCAAAAGGAGGGCAGACACUCAAGAGGCUCCAAGCAACGUUAAAACCUCCCGGCCCUGUGAGCCAUAUGACUGUGUUGGCCAGCAGGACAGACCUGAGAGUGACGUGUACAACACUUUAGAAUCCACAACCACAGAGGAAUCCUCCAGUUUUUCGAAGGCCAGGUUUAAAAACCAUGUUCCCCCCACCCUGGUCUCAGAGGCCUCAGAGGUGGCCUGCUCAGCCCAGGACCUGCCCCUCUCCUUUGACCACACGCGUCUGGCAGUAGCUGCCGCCGCUUACAGGGGACCAUCAGCUCACCUGGCUUCUUAUAAAUCACAAAAACUUGCCCAGAUGCUGCAAUCCAGCCUUCCCAAUCUGAACAAUACUCAAUCAAGAGAGACAUUUGCAUUGCAAAAUAAAGACAGAGAGAAGAGUGACGGGGCUGCAAAGAGCUCUGUUAUUGGACAGAAGUGUACUAUCAAAGAGGACGCAUCAGACUGUGAGGCAUCGGAGAGGAUACCCCAAAAACCCCCCAUCACUGAGAUAGCAGAGAGGAGCGGCCAUGUCCUCGGCCUGGACUGUUACUCCUCAUCUGAUGAGGACUGUCAUACUUAAUGUCGUAAAAGUUAAUUACAAAUGCAUAUUUUCCUAUGUUUUUGCAUUAAAGAGUUUAUU